CGCUACGUGUCGCGGCAGCCCUUAUAGCCGCGGAGCGGCCCAUCCCCGCCGUCCGUCACCAUGUCGAGCCGGCAGCAGACGGUGUCAACCAACGUGGUGUACCAAGCCCACCAUGUCAGCAGGAGUAAGAGAGGCCAGGUGGUUGGUACCAGGGCUGGAUUUCGAGGCUGCACGAUCUGGCUAACAGGCCUCUCGGGAGCUGGCAAGACAACCAUCGGCUUUGCUCUGGAGGAGUACCUGGUGUCUCACGGCAUCCCAUGUUACUCCCUGGACGGGGACAACGUUCGCCACGGCUUGAACAAGAACCUGGGCUUCUCGGACGUGGACCGCGAGGAGAACAUCCGGCGCAUCGCCGAGGUGGCUCGGCUCUUCGCCGACGCCGGCCUGCUCUGCAUCACCAGCUUCAUUUCCCCCUUCUCUAAGGAUCGCCAGAACGCACGGAAGAUUCAUGAGGCAGCAGGGCUGCCUUUCUUUGAGAUCUUUGUGGAUGCUCCUCUCAACAUCUGCGAGAGCAGAGAUGUGAAGGGCCUCUACAAAAAGGCAAGAGCUGGAGAGAUCAAAGGAUUCACUGGGAUUGACUCAGAGUAUGAGAAGCCAGAAUCUCCUGAGCUGGUGCUGAAGACCAAUGUUGCAUCAGUGUCUGAGUGCAUUCAGCAGGUUGUGGAGCUCCUCCAAAAACAAAACAUUGUGCCCUGGAGCUCAACUAAGGAUGUUCUGGAGCUGUUUGUACCUGAGAAUGAGCUGGACAGAGUCCGAGCUGAGGCAGAGACGCUGCCAUGUGUAGAGAUCACUGAGCUGGAUCUGCAGUGGGUGCAGGUGCUGAGCGAAGGCUGGGCCACGCCGCUGACUGGCUUCAUGCGUGAGGCUGAGUACCUGCAAGUCCUCCACUUUGGCACCCUGCUCAACGGUAUGGACCAACAGCUCCUGCUGGGCCGCCAUGGGGCUGGGGCUGACGGCGUGGUGAACCUGAGUGUGCCCAUUGUGCUGCCCAUCUGCACGGAGGACAAGGAGCGGCUGCAAGGCUGCGCAGCGCUGGCGCUGAGCUGGGCGGGCCGCAGGGUGGCUGUCCUCAGGCACCCCGAGUUCUACGAACACAGGAAGGAGGAGCGCUGUGCCCGCAUUUGGGGCACCACCUGCACCAAGCAUCCCCACAUCAAAAUGGUGAUGGAGAGUGGAGACUGGCUGGUUGGUGGAGACCUGCAGGUGCUGGAGAAGAUCAAGUGGAAUGAUGGGCUGGACCAGUACCGCCUCAGCCCGCUGGCUCUGAAGCAGAAGUUCAGAGAGAUGAGUGCUGAUGCUGUCUUUGCGUUCCAGCUGCGCAACCCCGUGCACAACGGGCACGCCCUGCUGAUGCAGGACACUCGUCGCCAGCUGCUGCAGAGGGGCUACACCAACCCCGUUCUGCUGCUGCACCCCCUGGGAGGCUGGACCAAGGACGACGACGUUCCUCUGGAGUGGCGGAUGAAGCAGCACUCGGCAGUGCUAGAGGAGAACGUCCUGGACCCCAGCUCCACCAUCGUUGCCAUCUUCCCUUCUCCCAUGCUCUACGCUGGGCCCACGGAGGUGCAGUGGCACUGCCGUGCCCGCAUGAUUGCUGGUGCCAACUUCUACAUCGUGGGGCGCGACCCUGCAGGCAUGCCCCACCCUGAGACCAAGAAGGACCUCUACGAGCCCAUGCACGGAGGGAAGGUCCUCAGCAUGGCUCCAGGCCUGACCUCUGUGGAGAUCAUCCCCUUCCGGGUGGCAGCCUACAACAAAGUGAAGAGGGCCAUGGACUUCUAUGACCCCAAGAGGCAUGACGACUUUGACUUCAUCUCAGGAACACGCAUGAGGAAGUUGGCUCGUGAAGGUGAGAACCCACCCGAUGGCUUCAUGGCCCCCAAGGCUUGGAAGGUGCUGACCCAGUACUACCAGUCCCUGGAGAAGAACUAACUGCUGCUGCUGCCUGCCCACACCUGGAUUAAGAGUGAGCCAUGAUUGGUUGAGCCCCCACAACACAGAUCAGCUACUUCCCCUGCUUUGGCCUUCUCCGCCAGGGUCACUAAUUGCAAACACUUGGAGCCUGCUCCGGCCCCCCUUGGAGCUGCCGGGAGUGCCCCCGUGGAGCUGGAAGGGCAGCAGGGCCCUUCAUCCUCAGCUGAGUCUGGCUGCAGGAGGCCCAGCACAGCCUUGAGAAGGGCCAGCUGGAUCAUUCUGGGGCCAUGCCCCAGACUCUGGUGCAAAGCUGGCACCUCAGCACCCGGGUAAAGCCCUGUUUGUCCUCUUCCUGGAGCAGAAAUGAAGCAGUGCCUGUCCUCCACCCCUCUCCUGGUGCUGCCUGAGGCAGGGGCAGGGUGGGAGAGGGAGCCAGGCCCUAGAUGCUGGGACCCAGAGGCUGCCCUCCAGCUCGUGCCUUUAGCAGAGGGAUGUUUUUAAGACCCUCUAAUUGAUAGGAUUUUUUUAAAUCAGCCUUGACACCUCCAGUUCCUGGUGGCUCAGACAUCUGCUUGCUCUUCGUCCUUGCUGCUUCCUCCGUGGCCUCUCCAGUCCAAACCAAAGCUGGGUGGAGCACUGCUGGUGCUCCAAGGUCAGCUUUCCACGGCAACUCUGCCGUGGCAACCCCUGCACUUGCUGUCUGCAAGGGAUGCUGGUGCCAGGCCAGAGCCAGUGGGCAUGCUGCUCCCAGCUCUAGUGGUGGGAAGCUCCAGCAGACCUUCCCUCCUGGAGUGGGUUUUU